CUUUUCUACCUCUUCCCUUCCGCGGCCUGAGAAAGUCUCUGAAAAUGGUCCGCUAUUCGCUCGACCCCGAGAACCCGACUAAGUCAUGCAAGUCGAGGGGCUCUAAUCUCCGGGUUCACUUCAAGAACACCCGUGAGACAGCUCAGGCCAUCAAAGGCAUGCACAUCCGCAAGGCCACCAAGUACCUGAAGGAUGUUACCAUCAAGCAUCAGUGUGUUCCCUUCCGCCGCUACAAUGGGGGUGUUGGCAGGUGUGCCCAGGCCAAGCAGUUUGACUGGACACAGGGACGCUGGCCCAAGAAGAGCGCAGAGUUCCUUCUCCACAUGCUGAAGAACGCUGAGAGCAACGCUGAGCUUAAGGGUUUGGAUGUAGACUCCCUGGUGAUCGAACACAUCCAAGUGAACAAGGCCCCAAAGAUGCGCAGACGCACAUACCGUGCCCACGGUCGCAUCAACCCCUACAUGAGCUCUCCAUGCCACAUUGAGAUGAUCCUCACAGAGAAGGAGCAGAUUGUUCCCAAACCAGAGGAGGAGGUCGCCACUAAGAAAAAGGUUUCUCAGAAGAAGCUGAAGAAGCAGAAACUCAUGGCACGGGAGUAAAUGUAAAUAAAAUGGAACCAUUCUUACCAAAACA